AUGAACGGCCAUUCUGAUAUCGUCAGCGUUCUCAACGGGAUUAGUCCCGCUUCCUUGGAGAAUGAAGACCAGAGAACCCGGGCUCUCCUGGCGGCAUAUGCCCUCGUGGCACGACUGGAGACGCCAUGGGAAACCACCGCUCGACUGUGUAUGGGCCAGCCUGCUCUGGGAGCAGCGUUGAAGGUGUGCAAGGACCUCGAGCUGUUCGAAAAGUGGGAUCAGGCAGGAAAUGAGGCUAUGACUGCGGACGAAUUGGCCAAACUCACGCCUUGUGAGGCUGCUCUGUUGGAACGUCUUCUCCGCCAUCUUGCCUCCAACCAUAUGCUCCACGAGCCAUCAGUGGGUGUGUUCAAGCCAACUUCAUUCACCAAAUCACUACUACAACCUGUGUUUGGAGAAUGGAUUAAUCAUUUGUAUGACGCUACGUUGCCCUGCUUCUUUCGAAUGCCAGAGUACCUGGCCCAAACUGGGUACAAGGUUCCUCUGGAUCCGGCGAACGGGGUUUUCCAGUAUACCAAGGACUGGAAAGGUGACAUGUUCCACUACUAUGAAGCUCAUCCUCGUGAGGGCGAGUCCUUUAACCACGUCAUGGGAGGUGUCAUGGCCCAUCAGGCUGGGUGGUUGGAUAUCUUCCCGCAUGACCGUGUGUUGGAGACGGCGGCCGAAGGAACCCCUCUGGUGGUCGAUGUGGGUGGUAACAUCGGGCAUGAUAUGGACCGAUUUCUCCAGGCGCAUCCGGAAACCGCCAGUCGCCUGUAUUUACAGGAUCGUCCGGAGGUGGUCAAGCUGUCUAAAUGCCCUGACCCAGUGCACAAGAUGGGCUACGAUUUCUUCACGCCUCAGCCGGUGAAGGGGUCUCGGGUCUACUACAUGCAUGGCGUCCUUCAUGACUGGUCCGAUGAGCCCGCGCGCAAAAUCCUGGCCAUGCAGCGAGAGGCGUUGACCCCCGGAUACAGCACCCUGCUGAUUCACGAUCAUAUCGCGCCCCGUGCGCUGGCCCAUCCGCAUACCACCGCGUACGAUCUGACCAUGAUGGUGAUGGUGGCCGGAACGGAGCGAACGGAGGAGCACUGGGCGACGUUGCUGCAGUCGGAGGGAUACAAAGUUGUCAAGGUCUGGAGAUCUCCGUUGGCCGUGCAGGGGAUCAUUGAGGCAGAAUUAGCUUAG